AUGGCCAAGGGUGAUCGCCAUGUACGCCUCAACUACCACUGGCCAGAGAUUCAGCUCAAUAUCUGGCUUAUCGUCGUGCUAGCAGGCUCCGCAACAUGCCUCGGCAUCUUCGCCUGGUUUAUGACUGUGCAAUCAACAAUGGAACUUGGGACACCCUGGCUUUUCCCCUUCAUGGUCGUAUCCAGCGCCCUGGGCGUCUUCUUCAUCUUUCUCGUCCUCGGCCUAAUCGCCCGCCAACUCUUAUUACCCGGCAUCCUGAUACUGGGCAGCUUCAUCCUCUUUGUCCUCUUCCUGACGGGUCUGAUUGAGACAUCGUUGCAGCUAUAUGGAGUCUAUGGGAAUGUGAAUAGUAACUGUCAGAACUAUGUCGUGGAGAAUAAGUCAAGGGGGAAUAACAUCAACACCUUGGCAUGGUUGACGCAGAUGACUAUUUGUGAGUUCUUUGAUUCCCUUACCAAACCUAGUUUUCCGUUCUAUUGGGGUGGGUUCGCUGAUAAGUUAUGUUUGCAGGCAAUUGCUGGAAAACAGCGUUCGCUAUGGAACUCGUUAAUACCAUCUUCUAUGUAUGGAUGA